UGUUAUACAUUCUCCUCCACAACAUCCAAAUCAUCGAUUUCUCCAUUCCUUCAAAUUUUCCCAAAGCUUGCUAGGGUUUGUUCGUCAUUCAGCCACCAUGGCGAGAGGUGACGACGACGAGCGCUACGAGGACGAGGGGCCCUACGAAGACGACGACGAGGAGUACGACGGCGCCGCUCGCGACGUUCGCGGCGCGAAGGAUGAACCCGACGAACGGGACCGCCGCGAUGUUCGCCACGACGAGCGCCGCGAGAGGCGCGGUAGCCGCGAGGGACGUGAACCCCGUGGUUCCCGCGAGCCCCGUGAAUCCCGGGAGUUCCGCGGCCGGCGCGACGAGGACGAGGAAGAGGAGGGCGACGACGAGGAGUAUCGCGACGAUGAGCCACCAUACGACGACAGAGGGCCAGAGCGCGCUCGCCGCCCGCGAGCGGAUCGCGAAAGAGGCAGGGGCGCAGUGAAGGGCGAGGAGGAGGGGAGCGACGAGGAGGAGGACGAGGAGGACGAGGAAGGCGGGGAGCGGGACGUCGACCGCGACCGGCACAGGGACCGCGACCGCGUGAGCCGCGAGAGGCGGCAUUCGGACCGCGGCAGAGGCGGGGACCGGGACAGGGAUCGGGACUACCGCGACGAGCGCGAGUACCGGGACCGAGAUCGGGGCCGCGACCGCAGGGACAGGGAUCGCGACUACCGCCACAGGGAUCGCGACCGUGACCGCGACAGGCGCAGCCGUCGUCGCGAUCGCUCCCGAUCUCGUUCGUAUUCGAGAUCGCGCUCUCGCUCGCGCUCCCGAGACAGGGAGCGACGCAGGCGCGCCAGCGGAUUCGACAUGGGCCCGGGGCCUUCUCUUGCCACCGUGCCGGGACUCGCAGCUGGCCCGCGCCAUCUCUCAAUCUCUCCUCUCCUCCCUUCGCCGCUGCUCCUCGCUUCGCAUUAGCACAAUGAUCCCAGCGGCUUGCUUUCUGGAGCAGGGGGAGCAGCGCCGGCUGCAGCACCAGCGGCGGCACCAGCCCCACCCACUGCUGCGCCGUCCGUUGGCACUCUGCCUCUCACAGGCGUCGCUGGCGCCAUGGCGGCGGGUCUCUCGGGGCUGCCAGGGAUGCAAGCAGUGUCCGGAUCCAUGUUCCCCAACCUCUUCCCCUUCGCCGCCGCUGCCGCACAGGGCGGCAUGCCAACCCAAGCCACUCGCCAUGCGCGCCGGGUGUAUGUGGGCGGCCUCCCGCCCAUGGCAAACGAACAGACGGUGGCGGCGUUCUUCAACAACGCCAUGGCGCUCGUCAAUGGCAACACUGCCGGCCCAGGCGACUGCGUGGUGUACGUGUACAUCAACCAGGAGAAGAAGUUCGCCUUCGUGGAGAUGCGCACUGUGGAGGAGGCCAGCAACGCCAUGGCGCUCGAUGGCAUCAACUUCGAGGGCGUGGCGGUGCGGGUGCGGCGGCCCAGCGACUACAACCCGUCCAUGGCGGCCACGCUCGGCCCCACGCAGCCCAGCCCCAACCUCAACCUCGCUGCUGUCGGCCUCACUGCCGGUGGCACGGGCGGAGCAGACGGUCCAGAUCGCAUCUUUGUGGGCGGGCUGCCGUAUUAUCUCACGGAGGAACAGAUCAGAGAGCUGCUCUCCUCGUUCGGUCCGCUGCGGGCCUUUGACCUGGUGAAGGAUCGCGACACGGGCAACAGCAAGGGGUACGGCUUCUGCGUGUACCAGGACGCGAGUGUGACGGACAUCGCGUGCAUGGCUCUCAACGGCAUGAAGAUGGGCGACAAGACACUCACCGUGCGCCGCGCCACCGCUAGUGGGCAGGCCAAGCCAGAGCAAGCCAAUGUGUUAGCGCAGGCUCAGCAGCAAAUCGCCCUGUCGCGCAUGGCUCUCACAGGGGCCAACACAGUGGGGCUGGGGGCAGCCCCUGCUGUGCCUGCUGCGCCGGUUGACAUUCCAACCAAGGUCGUCUGCCUCUCGCAGGUGGUGUCACCGGACGAGCUGACCAAUGACGAGGACUAUGAUGAGAUCAUGGAGGACAUGCGGGAGGAGUGCGCCAAAUACGGUUCGCUGGUGAAUGUGGUCAUUCCUCGGCCACCAGCAGCAGGCGCUACAGCUCCUGGGGUUGGCAAGGUCUUUGUGGAGUAUGGCGACACAGCAGGUGCCCUCAAGGCCAAGGCGGCCCUGCACGGGCGCAAGUUCGGCGGCAAUGCAGUGGUGGCCAUUUUCUACCCCGAGGAUGCUUACGCUAGGGCAGACUACUCCAAGGCCUAAGCCUUAGGUUGGUUGCUGAACUUUGGACCCAGGAAGGGUGGCAACGCAAUGCCUUGGUGGCCGUCGUCUAUCCUGAGGGUGCCUACGUGAGGGCAGACUAUUCCACAGCCUGGGCUGGGUGGGACCACUUCCCUGCGCUCAUUUGAACAUUAGCUUGUGAAUCAGCGGUGGUGCUGUUCUGCUGGGUGGGGAUGCCCAUGCACAGUGGAGAUAGCUAAGUGUCUGUGUUGUACUUCUCCUGCUUUGAAUGGAUGCAAGUUUGAUUGCAAUGUGAAACGCCAGGGAAUGUGGUGGUGGUGGCCACCUACUAUCCACAAAAUGUGAAUGCCAGGGGCUUUGAAGUCUGUCAUAGGGC